GGCGUGGAAACGCUCACGCGCAGGCGCAGUCGGGCUGCUUUAGCGGAGCCGGAGAUAUUUUUUUUUUCCUCUCGCGUGUCCUGGGUCUUUGGUUUGCGAAGUGCCGUUGGGCCCUACAGGUGCUGAAGGGCUGGGGUCGUGGACCCCCAUAAGGUGUCAGCAGCACGGAGGUGCAGGGUGUUGUCGAGGGUGCGGGGCCGGGCGCUGCCAGCGGCGCGCUCCGCCCCGGGGCCCCGGCCCCUGCUCUGGGCCAGGCCCUGGCUCCGGCCCCCGUCCCGGCCCCAGCCUCGCAGUUUACUCUGCUGGUGAUGCAUCCCUGCGGAGGGCAGGACGACUCUGCGGCCGAGGGCGUCCUGAGGCAAGCUCCGGCCCUGGGGGACGGCGCCGGUGCAGGCAAGUCCAUUAGGUACUUGUGCGAAGUGGCGGGGACUGGAGAGGAGGAGGCAGGGGAGGACGAAGCCGACCUGCUGGACACUUCCGACGCCCCAGGGGGAGGCGAAAGCACCGCUAGUUUGGAGGAUCUGGAGGAUGAGGAGACCCACUCUGGCGGCGAGGGUGGCAGCGGGGGAGCCCGGAGACGGAGCAGCGGCGGGGGCAGCAUGAGCAAGACCUGCACCUUCGAGGGCUGCAGCGAGACCACGAGCCAGGUGGCCAAGCAGCGGAAGCCUUGGAUGUGCAAGAAACACCGCAACAAGAUGUAUAAGGACAAAUACAAAAAGAAGAAAAGUGACCAGGCCCUUAACUGCAGUGGGUCCGCCCAGCCUGGCAGCACGGGAAACGUCAGACUGGAGGAAAGUACAGAUAACAUACUCUCCAUUGUUAAACAAAGAACAGGAACCUUUGGGGAUCGUCCUGCAAGACCUACUCUUUUAGAACAAGUGUUAAAUCAAAAAAGACUGUCAUUACUAAGAAGUCCAGAAGUGGUGCAGUUUUUACAGAAACAGCAACAACUAUUAAAUCAGCAAGUUUUGGAGCAAAGACAGCAGCAGUUUCCAGGAACAUCAGUUUGAAGGAAUUUACCAAGAAGAUCCACAUUUUUUUUUAUUUUGUUGUAGAAGAUGGACAUAUUUUUAUACUAAAGAUAGAUGGGAUUAGAUAUGCCAGUAAAACAUAAACAGUCAUUUCCUGUAAAUAUGUGUGUACAUUUUGGGAUAAAUAAGUAUUGCCCUUUGUGCAUCUAAUCCUUUCAGAUUACCAUGAAUUUGAAGAAACAGUUUAUCUUUCCAAAAUAACAUUAAAUUACGAUUUUUUUUAAAACAAAGUAUUCCUCUUCAGUCAUUGUUACUGAAGGUAAUGAAGCAGUUACUUUCUGUGGAAGUCACAAAGCUAAGAGAUACUAAUUUUUGAUCAUUUAGUUCAGUGGUCUUAUCAAGGGGCAGUCAGAAAUGGAUGGAUAUGUUUUUAAUUGUCACAAUGAUCUUAAAAACUCCUGGUAUUUAGUGAAUGGGUCAGGAAUCCUAAAUGUUCUACAGUGUCUGGAAAGGACUUUCACAACUAAUAAUUAUCUCACCCACAAUGUCAGUAAUCCUCCUCUUAAGAACACUGAUAGUUGUGAUACUACUUGUGAUGAUAAAAUGUCAUUGGAGCACCUAAAAUUGGGUUCUUGAAAUAACUUUUUCUUUACAGUUAAGACUGGAGCUGUCAAAGAGGUAAGCAUAUUUUAAAUGUAUAAGGAAAAUGAUCAUUGUUAAUUAUCUAUGAAAUUAGGAUAUGCAUUUCUUUUCAGAGAUGUGCUGGUAAAACCUAGGAGGGGGUUAACUAAGUACACUGGAAUGAAAGCAUCUCCUAAAGUUGGCUUCUCAUUUCAUGUUACCUAUUAGUGUUUUCUCUUUUAAAGCAGACUUGUGUGUUGAAUUUGUAAACAGCAUAGGUGUAUCUCAUUCUACCAAUGUCAGGGCAAAAACAAUUUUUUAAUAUUAAUUUCCUUUUCAAAAAGAAAUUCUGAAAGUAAGAAUAACACUUCAGCAUUUUGUCAAUGUUUUUCAAAAUUGAGCUAAUUUAAUAUCGUGUUAUUCCUAAAGUAAUGUUCAAAGAAUGAUGAUGGGUAAUCUGGGUAGAUACUUUUUUUCUUGUGUUGUCUCCUAGGAAAACUUAAAAGGCAAACCUACCGAUAAGAAUAACAAAUCAAAUGUCAAGAGAGUAUUUCCAAUGUUAGAUAAUAAAUGUAUGUCUCUUAGGUGUAACUGUGCAAAAAUGUCUUCAUUUCUUGGGUUUUAAACCCUGUAAUGUAUAUCGAGUUAACCUUAGUCGCGGCUGUUCUAAGAAGUACUUAAGGAGAAAAUCUUUUUAUAUUUUAGGUGUUUUGUACCUGUAUAUCUGUGCAAAAACACAGAUUUUACCAAAAUUAUUCAUUAAAGCCCAUUGUAGACCUUUCA